UGCCUUCCUCCUCGUCGCGAGCUUCUGCGUCGGCCGCCGCCGCCGCUCCCGCAGCAACGAACGGCCAGCAGCAGCGAGCGGUGGACGAAAAGCUCGCCAUGCGAGGUGGGAUACUUCGGGCACCGGGGCUAGCCUCCGGUGGGCUAGGCCGGCGCUAGGUCCGUGCAUUUCCCACGCCGAAAUACGCGCGCCGCCAGCUUCGUCCUUCCCCCUUUGUGAGCCUCGCUUUGUCGCAGCCACCGCGGAGAAGAAGCGGCGUCCAGCAAGCCACCACUGCUGCCCGCAGCGCCACCGAGGGGGCAGCACUUUCCUUUAUUUUUUUUGCCCUUCCGCUCAGAGGGGGGGUCCCAAACAAACAUGGUGGACGUUUGGGAUGUCCGCACUCAGCUGCUAAAUUAUUUUCACUCGCAUCCCGGCGAAAAUGUGCGCACCGUGGACCUUUGUCGCGUAAUCAAGCAACCCAAGAAGACAAUCAACAGUGUGCUCUACCGACUGCAAAGGGACGGCGUGCUGCAGAAAGUGGUCGAAAGUCCGCCGACAUGGAGGGAAGCUGGAUCGGCUGGUAGUCGCAUUGAACAGCAAUACUCGAUCGGCUAUCCGAACGACGGAGCCGCGGCCGACGGUUGGCAUAAGUUGAGAGGGCAUUCUGACGAGAACUCGACUGGCAAGCCUCUGGCCAUCACAGACGGCCGUUCGCCGCCCCCACCCUUCCCCACGGGAGCGACUGACGUGUCUGACGUGCUGGUCAAUGAGGAUGAGCAGCAACAGGGGCCGGUGCGGCUGCCCGAGAGCUCGCCUCCUCCCAACCUACCUCCCAACCUGGUGGUCACCCGCGGAGGUGGCAGGUUCGCGGCGCCUCCGUCCCUGGCUCCUCAGCAGCUGGGCGGCGCACCUCUUCCACCGCAGCAGCAGUCGCCACAACAGCCACAGCAGUCCCCACUGGGCUCUGCUCUGGUCGCGCCGGUGCCCAACAACUCGCUCGUCCCGUGCGCCAACUCCCUGUUGCCGGUGGCCCCCAACAGUGUUGCCGUCACGACCGCCAACAAUGCGGCGGCGCUGGCGGUGGCACAGCAGCCGGCGGCGGGUCCUCCCGCCGCAGCGGCAGCGGCCUCCAACAACAUCUUGCAGACGGACCUGACGGCGCUGGUCAUUUCGCACCUGCGCACCAUUGGCACGCCCGUGUACACCAAGGACAUGGUCAAGGCCCUGGGCCUGAAGCACAAGCGCGAGGUUAACCCCAUUUUGUACCGGCUCCAAGACCGGGGCGUCCUCACAAAGGUGUGGGACACGCCGCCGGCCUGGACUCUCGUGCCAGGCAGCUACGGCGACCUAGAAAGGAACAACCUCUUUGCAGCCGCCGCGGCAGCUGCGGCAGCCAGCAAGCAGCAGGCGUCGCCCCGCGACGCCGGCGCUCCGCCGGACUUUGGCGGCGACGACGAAAACAUGGUCGCCGCCGGGCCCAACGGGGUAGGCGGUCCGCGGGGAGGACCCAAGGGACCCCCGAAACCUGCCAGGCAGCCCCUCCCUCCCCACGAACUGCUGCGGCUGAGCAACACCUUUGCGCAGAUGAUGAUGCAGCAACAGGCCGCCGCUGCGGCGGCUGGCAUGGCAGCGGCCAAUGGCGGGGUCAUGCCACCGCAGGCUACGCCAGCCUCCGUGGCGGCCGCGGCAGCCAACCUCAAGAUCACCCAGUCUGUGGUGUCGCAGUCGCUAGAGGUUAGCUACGGGCAGCAACAGCAGCAGCAGCAGCAGCUGCAGCAGAGCAGCAACGGCAGCGAUGCCGGCACCAACGGGCCCACGCGGGAAGAGGCACCCGUGGCUGCGCCCACACCAGCACCGCCAUCAAAUCCUCCGGGGCCACAAAGCAUUUCCAAGUUCCCCAGCUACGCGUCCCUGACCAAAAACCCCGUGAGCGCGUUCCACGAGUUUGGCCAGAUGCAGCACGUCGAGGCCAAAAUAGACAUCGUGGCAACGGAUGGCCCGCCCCACAACCCAAGGUUCAAAGCAGUUGCAUUUCUGGACAAGAAACCUGUGGCCGAGGCCUGGGACAAGACCAAGAAGGAGGCCAAGCACCAGGCAGCCGAACUCGCCUUCCGUAAGCUGGUGGCAAGUGGUGCCCUCGCCUCCGACGUCCCCUCCCCAGAGACGGACAUCCUGAGCAGUCAGGAUGAGAGCAUCCCCAUGUUUGAUAUUAUUGCUGCCCUCAGUCACCGCGAGUUCAGCCAGAAAGUGCUGGAGGUGCCCGAGUACGUGGGCGGCCGCAAAGUGCUCGCCGCCCUCGUCAUGAAGACCGGACCCACCGACCGGGGCACCGUGGUCUGCUUCGGCACAGGGAGCCGAUGCAUUACUGGUGAACAACUAAGCCAGGAUGGAACCGUGGUGAACGAUUCACACGCAGAAGUAAUAACAAGGAGGAGCUUCCUCAGGUUUCUAUACCAGCAGCUCAAGAGCUACGGGCCGGGGAAGGAGCAUGCCAUCUUGGAGCCCACGGAGGACGGUCAGCGCAUCCGGAUCAAACCGGAUGUCUCGUUCCACUUGUACAUUUCCACCGCGCCUUGCGGCGACGGGGCCCUAUUUGCCCACACGACGAAGCCAGACGACAAGAACAAGACUCAGGAUCAGAACAGCGAACAGCAUCACCCACUCUUCACCAAGAGCUGCCAGGGGCUCCUGCGAACAAAGCUGGAAGCAGGCGAAGGCACGGUCCCCGUGGACCUGACUACAGACUACCAGACCUGGGAUGCCAUCCUGCAAGGUGAACGACUGCGUACCAUGUCCUGCAGCGAUAAGAUUGCUCGCUGGAACGUUCUCGGUCUGCAAGGGGCUCUGCUCAGCCACUUUCUGCAGCCUGUCUAUCUGAGCUCCAUCACCCUGGGUAAUCUGUAUCACCACGGGCACCUGUCUCGGGCGGUGUGUUGCCGUCUGGAAGGAGAGCCCGGGCUGGACACCCUACUGCCGACGCGCUACUCUUUACACCACCCGACGUUGGGCUGCGUGAGCGGCCACAACCCGCCCCGUGACACCGAGAAAACCAAACCGUACUCCAUCAACUGGUGCGUAGGGGACGAGCGCCCGGAGGUUACCAACAGCGGCACUGGCAUGCGCCAGGACAGGAGCGGCACCAACCUCGAGUCCCGCGUGUCCAAGGCAUCACUGUUCUCACUCUUCAAGGACACCUGCGAGCUGCUUGGUCGUGACGACCUGCUGUGCAAGACGUACGGCGAGACCAAGGACUCGGCGCUUAGCUACCAGGGCGCCAAGAAGGUGCUCUUCGAGCGCUUCCUCAAGCUCGACCGCGGUCGUUGGGUGCGCAAGCCACCCGAGGAGGAGAUGUUUCACUAGGAUGUUCCUCGUUUGUUGGCAUUUUCUUUUUUUUUUUUUGUUGAUUCUCGCGCAAAAUUACCCUCACUAGUUUUUUCUUCUACCCCUUCCCUGCUGACUACAUGUCGGUUCACGUUGUAUUGUUGCCAUUAUUUGUCGCAAUUUUUUUUCCCUCAGUUCACGAUUUUUAUCUCUACUCAUUGCCGCCACAGGCGCUCAUCGUCGCAUGGCCAUAUUACUUCCGUCAUCACUCGCACCAUUCCUCCACGUUCAUUUUACACUUUGCGACGUGUUCAGAAACACACACUCUUUGCCGGCAUGUAUGCUCGCUUUCUACCCUCUCCGUUUCCCUCCAAGCAAAUUCACUAAUCUACGUGUAAUUCCUCGAACUUGCCCACAAUUCUAGCAUUCGUUGAAGGCAUUCUGCUACCCCUGCCUUGCUUGCACCGCAUUUUAUCCUGCUGGUUUCUCCCACAGCUUUGCUAUUUGUUUCCUUUGUUUGGUUUUGGUCCGGAAGCACUCGAACCUCGAACUGUCUCAGGUAGGAGGUCACAUGCCAACGUUUGUGGAGGGAACAUCCAAAGAGCCAGAACUUUCUCCUGUCGGUCUUUACACUGGCAUACCGCAAGAGUGCUCAUCUUCUACCCGCUGCCAUACUUUUUGGCCCUUUUACGCUGGCACCUUGGGAGACCCGAUUUAUCUGGAUGAACGAUUCCAACGAGAGACAGCUGUGCGAAUUCUGGGGAAUUGAGCGGUCAUCAGUGUGGUGCGAGCGGAGAAUUGUCUUAUUGACUUCACCUAAUAUUUUCGUCGGUAUGCUUAGCACGUGCAUGUGUCUGUUUUUCAUGGAGGACGAAGAAAUUUUAGAAAUGCGCAGUGUAAGGAAGUUCAUUUUUGCACUUUACAUUGCACUAAAAAAAUAUAUACAGUAGACUCGCGAUGAUUUAAACUCUGAUAAUUCAUACUUUCUGUUAAUUGAAACAAAAUUCAGUUUUUUGGUGGACCAUCUAUUUUUUCAAUGUAUUUAAAACCUCUUAAUUCAAACUCCAUCAGUAGCCUAAUUCAUACUUUUUUGUAGGUCCACCAGAAAAUAUCAGCUGCUUUCCCGCUACUAUUUAAAAUUUUGUGUGCUUACAUAAUCGUAACAGUCUAAAAAUGAAAAACACCGGAGGCCUUCAAGAAAAAAGGCUUGCAAGUAAACAAAUGUUUUAAAUGAAGCACAUGCAUGGUAAACUGUAAUGCUUCUCAACUGGUAUAGAAAGCUUUGUGCUGAAGGCACAUACCUGUAGCAAUGAAGCAGUUGGCAAUAAAAGAUUUCUCUAAAAGGUCUGACCAGCAGUAAAUGGCCAAUAAACUUGUGGACUCUACACCUCUGCUAUCUGUUCACUGCGUGCAGUUAGGGCUUGAAAACACUUUAAAAAUAUUUAAAUGUGAUAAAAUCAACGUCUAAUCAUAAUGCAUGUUGUUACCUCACCCAGAAUUCAUCUAUCUGAGAAGUUCUGAUGAUUAAAAAUUCUUCAUAAUUCAAACAAAAUUCAGAGGUGCCUUCGAGUUUAAAUUAACGAGAGUCUACUGUAUUUGUUGCAUGCCCUCUACAAAUUGUUCUUAUGUGAAAUCAUAGCGCUAGGGUUGUUCAACUGCCCCCUCUUUUUUGUUUGUUUGGUUUUUUCAUAGAUGUUGCGUAAGGGCUGCAGAUGGAUAUCGUGAGCUCCUCUUUUUAUAUCAUGGGCUUGUUUUGGUAAUGUUUACGGUAGCCGUAGGGGGCACUUUGUUUGCUGUUGUGUUUCACUACAACACAUGCCUCCAUAAACUAAAGUGAGUUGUCCGCAGUCACGCGGAAGUUCACCGGCCACUCUCAGUAAAAGAAACAGUGUCGUCGUGCUGCUUUUCUCCACUAUUGGAUGACACAGCUAUCUCGUUUGCGUUUGAAAAAACGCACUUUUUUUAUGCAGCCAUGCAUAUGUUACCUCCUGCUGAUAUUGAUUACUAUCCAAUCUCGAUAAACUUAUCAAUGUAAUUUAUUAUCUGCCUCUUUUACACCACUCACUGUGUGAACCCGGUACGUUAAAGCCCGUGGCCGACAUAGCCAAGAUAGUGUUUCUUCGAGGUCAAAAGUACAAAGACGAAUGAGAUGGGCCAUGCGUAAGCACGACAGGCCCCGAACGGUUUUUGCCUGGUGCACUCUACAAGCCCGGCAUGCCUCGCACGUUUUUGUUGUCGGAACGGGCUAAGCUGUAGAUAUCGUAGCUCAGUUCGCAACCUAAGUCUCAUUCGUGGGGCGAAGCUGGCAAGCUUUCGCACUUUGUCACAGUGUUAACGAGGGCUCAUUGUACUUCAAGAUAUAGCCCUGGAAGCUUCUUUCUCUUUUCCAGUGAGGAGUUACUUGUUGAAAGGCGCCGCAUGCAUCACUCAUGCAGGAGCUGCAGUGCAUUAUGGGAUGCAGAUUAUUAUUAUUAUUAUUAUUUUGUUGUGUUUGUUGCCACAAUCUUGGGCCCCAUCUAGUUUUUUUUUUUUCUGUUAGUUCCCUCAAAGUCCAACAUUUUUCUCGUACUGUCGCAUGCGUCGUGUUGGUGAUACUAUGCUGGCUUUUUUCAGCUGCAUUGUGCUGUUCACGAAAGAGGAACGACAUUUCUGACCAUGACCGUGUGUUUUCCAGUGGGGCGAAGUGAGUGAUGUUUGUUGCUUGUCUGCUUUCGCUUCCUCGAUCUUCCUUUAAAAAUUUCACCCAGUUCAUCGUCUUCUGUGCACCUCUCGUACGGCCGACAACAGAGUGUUGUUCCGCUCGAACACAAUGUGAACACGUCCUUUCCCUUUCUGCAGGUGUUGCGAAUGGCACGCUCUGUAAAAGAGCUCCUGUCAUUGCCUAAGGCGAUAACUGGUUUCGUCUGUUCAUUAUCAUCUGCCCACCUUUUUUUUCCCCACAUGCUGACGUGGCAUGCCGGAAUGAAGUUGUCUGUAAUUGCAAUUUCUUUUUCAUCAUCUCUUCAAGUCAUAUGUAUAUAUUUGCUUUUUUCUUUAAUUGCAGCGCAGCUAUUUCACAUUAUGUAUGGUCAUUAUGCUGUCACAGUCAUUACGUUCUGUUGCCAUGUCUAUUCAUUCGUAAAGUCGUCUUGCAAGCUGUUCAGCAUAGGUGUCACCCCUAUGGCGUCUUGUGUGUGUGUUUUUUUUUCUUCAUAUAUGUCACUCUCACAUUGCAUUCUUUUCUUUAUUAUUAUUAUUGUUGUAGUCUCAUCUAUGCCAUUUUAGUUUUUGCAAGAGUCGAGCAAAGACACCCAAUUGUGCGGGGUGCAUUUCGAAGGCAACGUGUUGAGCCCCGCAUUUUUUAAUGCCUGCUGGUUCACGAGACCCGCAUGUAUUGUCACGUUGUACAUAGGCGCGGUGAUGUCGAGCAUCGCCUUCCUGUUUUUAGUUGACGCAUCUCCCGCACCGUCGGAACAGGCGUUUGACCCUCAUUGUACGUGUCUGGCGCUAUUUCGUCGGACCUGUGCAGACACCUCCCACACUCAUCCGUGGCAUUGUUGGCAUGAUCCAUCUUUUUUUAUUAUUAUUAUUCUGGUUUUGAUUCCCGCAUUGACUUUCUCUUUUUUUUUUUCCAGAGCGUUGUUUUUAUGUACUGUUGCUUUCGAUUUUUGCUCUGAGCUCACUGUUCAAGAAAUGUGCGCUGGCAAGAAUUUUUGCAGCAUUCAUUGUCUUUCUUUGCCUUUCCCCUCAUCAACUGCUGCAGGCAUGAUAGCUGGUCUUAUGACUGAAUGCAGCACCUUUAUUACGCAGCGAUGCUUUCAUUUUCACUGAACUCAGCGCCCAGUCUGAUUCAGUGUGGUCUGCUCUUGUUUGCUGUAUUGAAAGAGUGUGAUUGUCUGAAGUGCUGUGACAGUCUACAUUUUUUUAGGCUGGACAGUGUGUUCACCGACGCUGAAUGCGCAUUUUGUGUUGUAGCCUCUGUGUUUCACUCUGUAUGUACACCUUUUUUGCUUUUUCUCCCGCGCCGAUACUCUUCGGACGCACUUCUACAAAAUAAGCAUAAGUCAAAACAGGAUGUGCCAAAAAACAAACAAAAAAGACGAGCAGAGAGAUAGAUGUGCAGAAGUGUCCCUUCUCAAGGGAGAGAGCAGUCUCACCAUGCGAUCCUUUCAGAGCAAGGAUUUUGGCGCGACGCUAUGAAAAUGAGAGUGAAUUGAGGCGACCACCGCGGUCGCAGUCUGCGUGGUUGCGAUCACCGAAUGCACCGUGACAGGGGCGCAGUACAGGACAGAGAGAGGUGCGUGGUCUGGUCGGCCGAGAAGGCAAGCAUCAUUUUGUCGGAGUCCUGGUACGUGGCUCCCGACAAGAUGGUGCCACCAAUUCCCGUCUGCUUGUGGAAGGCCUGGCGCGCUGCCGCCGUCGUGUUGCCGCAUGUGCAGCGGGGAACAGCACAGGGCACACACCACGACAGGCGUGCGCUACGAUGGCUGCCGCCACUGGCCACGACCUCCCUUCCUUCGCCGUAUCCGGUGACGUGCAGGGUCGCUGUGAGCAGAAGGCGCCGACGACUGCCGCCCGGCCAGUUUCGUCGGCGUCCAACGAGGUACGAGCAAUCGUACAAGCAUGCACGUCGGGUGGGGGACUUUGUGCCCCAUGGUACACGCGCUUUUUUUUUUUUUUUGCGCUUAUCGCAUGCACUCCGUGCACAUGAAAAACGGUCGGACAGCAGCAAGAUGGGCUGUGACUGAGUCGUCGGUGCGGAACGCAGGCGGUCUGGACCGAACAUACUUAACAGCGUUAGCGCGGACCUUUCUCCGAGGCAGCAGCAGCCAUCUCUGCUGGAACGCUCGAGCGUAUCUCUUUCACUCUCCACUCACCCGCACCCUUCUCUUGUGUCGUGUGCACGUGAUGUCUGUGAAUGCUGCUCAUGUUACCGGUACGUGCGUGCCCGGGCAAGGCACACAUGUGCGUUCUGGCUCUAUUUAACCUGCUUGUUAGUUGCACGUGUAGCGCUGCGGCCGCUUUCCCAUUUGGGUUAGGCGGGCCCUCUCUGUAGGCAUAAUAAGUGCACCAGUAAGCUUUGUAUCCUGACACUGUAUUCUUUCGUCGGCCGCUGGUUACGUUUCCCUCACCGUUGACUGCUUGCGAAGAAACUGCUUUUGGUUUCCACAAUCGGCAGUCUAGGGACUUACUCCCAUUGCUCAUUGAGGCACCAAGUUCAGCUUCCUUCGAUGGCAGUUUUCAUGCUGCAUCGUAAUCGAAAUGCUUGGUUCGCCUUCUGCAGUGGUUGAGUGGGCUCGCUUGGGCUCUGGUUGAGGCAAGGCUCCUAGCAGAAACGGCGGAGCCAUUGCCUUUUGGCUCCACCGCACCGUCAAAUAGACAGUGUCGACAGGCAUUCCGUUGCUUUGCCACAUCUCAACAGAAUGGUCGAGGCUGUUUGUGUGUAGAGCCUAGUUGCCUGCUAGCACUGGGAACCUUAAUCUUCUUCCUCCUGAGGAGUCUAGACUCUCUUCACUCUAUUUAUCUUUCUCGGUAGUUUUUAUCGUUUUUAUUGUAGCUUGUGAACGUAAACCAAUCUCGUGAGUGUGUAGUAAGCUCGAACCUAAGCCGACCUAGGGCCGACGUCCGCGACCCCUGUGUAGUCGCGGACAGCGGCGAUAGAUCGUCGCGUCGUUGUAAUCUAGCGAAAGCGCGAUUUAGGAAACAAGGUUCACUGUCUUCUCGUCUUGUCUGUGCUUUUGUGUGCGUCUUAACUGCGCGUGUACUCUUGCUCGGAAGAGGAAAAAAAUGCGAAUAAGGGAGACAAAACCACUGAAAGCGUAAAACGAAGAACUUGGUUUCGGCAUCGUCGUCUAAACGUUUGGUUGGUGUUGUUUUUCCUUGGUUUCCUUCCGGCAUCCGCAUUUUUUGCUGCUGGCUUGAUUUCUCGUGGUACCGUACUCUAGCGACGUUCGGCCUUUUUCUUACGCGUUUCGUUCUUCAGACACCUUUUCUUGCUUCCUCAGUUUCAUUGCGGAAGGUUGGGAGACGGGUCCGCACGCCGUGGCAGUCGGGCACCUUUGGCAGUCCCCGGUGUGAAAAAAGGCUUUGAUUUUUCUCUUUCACGUGGCCCACAGCCGAUUCGGUGAAUCAAGAACACGAAGAGGCGUGAAGCAGCGCACGCACGCACACUUGCUGCACAUUCGCACUGCGUGGACUUCGUGGCAUGGAGGCCAGGCAGCGGUGACAUGUGCGCCAAGGGUGAGUGAAGGAACGAAGUCACACCUUCCCAACUUCGAGAAGCCGUCGGCAGUGCAAAACAACCGCCGGGUCAACGAAUCUCAAAUUGUCCCCGGGAUGAAAGGCCACUGCGCGGAGUGUAGCUAAUGGGACACGCCCGGUGUACUUACGAUGCUCAGACUUGUCGGCAUACUUGUCUCAUGUGCCGUUGACUGGGGGCGGUGAUACACACAUGCGACGGUAGUCAUGUUGACCUUCUGGCCUUGUUGAUUUAGUGUUUCGGCCAUGUGCCCUGUUGCAUUUCUCGGCGCGAGCAGACAUCACAAAAGCGGAGCACAUGUCACUAGCCUGAACUUGCUGAAGUGUGAUCAAUGCCAAAAAGCACUUUCACUGAACAAGCUGGCACACGAAUAAGCAACACGUGCCAAUCACAAAAAACGUUAAGUAAUGGUGGGAUGGCUAAAGUUGGAACCACCAGAUUUGUGCACAAAGCUAACAGUCAUGAAGCCCCAUUCAUCUUAGCAUUGAAGUGGCACUACAGAGAAUGUCAAUUGAUAGCACCUUACAACUUCACUGGGGCCAAGUGCCGUUAACACUCUGCUUCCAUUCUCUGCCUUUCAUCCGGGCAAUAAGAAAAAUUCCAAGAUGACUGCCGGUCGCCCGACUCAGGAGACACAAAGCCCGCGUCCGAACCGUGCUGCUGACCUCCCCGUCUCGCAUCUUCCCAACAGGAGGCGUGUAGGCGUGGUCGGAACCAAACUCUUUGUCUCUCUUUUUUCUUUUCUUUUCUGUCUCUUUCGCAAAACUGGUAUAUGCAGUACACAUUCCGCAGCAGUGGGCACACCCCUGCACGCUCUGUCGGUGUUACUACAGGCCCUGCCGUCCCGACUUUGCACGAGGGUUCGUUUUCUCGCUCGCACGCCUCUCAAAGUCGCCCGGCGGAAAAGAACAGUCCCUCUGUCUCCUCGUAGCACCUCACGGGGCGUGCAAUUUGGAAACGGGGCCUGUGUUGUAACCGAUAACAGGAAAGGAAAAGAAAAAAAAAAGAUGCAGACGGUGUAAGAUGCUGUGAAGUUUUACCUCCCGUCGUCUUCAUCGUGCUCCCACCUGUCUUUUUCCCGCUGUCUCUUAGGUUCGUUCCACUGCCUCCCAUCACCUCCCCGUUGCUUCUCACUAGGCGCUUAACUUAAACGUCAUUAUGCUUGUCAACAGUUAUGAAAUUCGUGUAAAAUUAUUCCCGCCAGUCUCCCCUCCCGUGUCAUGUGUCGUACCCCGCUUUUGUACCAUUCUUUUUUUCAUGGGUGUCAUAAUUCGCGAAUCUUACUUAUAUACCGCAUAGUGCUCUCCCACCGCACCUUCCAAAGCCCCCAACUCUGGACGUGUGCCAGUUGUGGAUCCUGCAAUUCAUCUUCUUUCUUUCUUAAUUCCAGACCGUCGCGACCUUUCAUAGCCAGGUGGGACGACAGGAAAAGAAAAUGACAUUCCAUAACUGAUAUGCCUUUAGUGCAAAACGUUUUGCCAGACACACCUGUUCGUCCUGUCUUGGAGGGAAUAUGAGGAAGCGGCGAUUCCAGCUUCGUUUCCUCGACUUCACCGUUUUGUCCCUUCUUUUCUUCCCUGCCUACGUCGUUGAGUCCUCCUUUCAUCUUAUUUGUAGGCGGCGCUUUGGUUUUUCGAAAGGUCCGUCCCAACAUCUGUGGCCCUUCCGUUUUUGUGGGGGGUGUCAUUCUCUGUAUAUAUACAUAUAUAUAUGUACAUAGCCAUAUGUAUAUAUAUGUAUAUAUGCGAGCAGAUGGGAAAGAGGGGUGGAAUUUAUGUUACCUUUGUUUUUCGUGUUAACGAUUAUGUUCGUCAUCCCGUCGCAUUUUUCGUUGUGUCAUCCAGGUCUACUCGUUCUUCAGUGUUCACCUCCUCAUGUAUCGGGUAAGAUAUUCCUUGGAACAUACCUUUUCAGUUUUUUUUUUUCUUGGUAGCGGAGAUCGUGACAACCGUCCCACUUGCAGUAACCUUCGAAUUGUUCGGCCUUGCUUAACUGUUUUUUUCAUCCCAAAAUCUUUGUGCCCUGACCUGAUACGAUGUCACUUGGGGACGAAUUUUGAACGGUUGUUCUUAAAUACCUGCAUCUGCGUCACUGAGUACACCGCCGGGUGAUUGGCUUUUACAAAAAGGCAUGUGACCAGUGGAUGUGCACUCUGUACCAUCUCGUAUUAUGCAGAACUAUGACCAGUGCGAAACUUUUGUGAACGACAGCUUUAUACAAUGUGUUGAUGAAUCGAGCGUUCCGUGGUUUUGUUGAAAGAAACGUUGACACUGGUUAGAAUCGACCAAGUGAACGGCUGAUGGAACAACUUCAAGAACUUCGUUUGCUCUUCUUGAUAAGGGGAACAGUGCACGAAUUGCCGUUGUGUUACGGGUGUUUAGAAGCUGCGUGAAAUCCAUGCUGCUGAGUUUUCACGCCUACGAUCAAGGACAAAUUUGAGCUUGUGAGCAAAACUGCAGUUGAGCAAGGCUGCUAUGAUCAUCCUACUCGUUGCAGUGGGCGUUUCUAACAGACUUCACUUGUGACUGCAUGCAUCGGUCACAUGCCCCGCCCGCUGUUGUCGCCCUGUCUCAUCACAAUUGCACAAUUCUUGCUUGCAGAGUAAUUAACAUUCUGGUGUGUUGAUUUCUAAAUGUAAAACAGUCCUCGUAGUCGUGACAGCCGACUGGACAUGUUUCACUAAGAAGCCACAUUUGUUGACGUUGCCAUCGUGAACUUUGUCUAGAACGGUGGUUUCAUCUGUUUUUUUUUUUUUUUUAAGCUGCAUCAUUGUCAACCUUGCAAAGGGGGUUUUGUGUCAACCUGUGUGAAAACAAAAUGGGCGCGUAUGGGGCCACCGUCGACACUACCUGGCCCUGCCUCCUUUUUGUGCAGUGGUGUUUUGAGCCAUUGUUGGUCUAAUCUCAGCGAUGCAGCUAGUUGUGUAUUUUUUUUUCUUAUUAAUCUGAACAAAUUGAGUGCAGCUGUAUGUAGUAGGGCAUUUAUUGUUGAAAAAAAGUUGGACAAUAUUGUUGCAGACUGCAGAAAACUAGUACAAUAUUACUAAAGCCUCACAUGUUUUAUUUUUUUUACCCUUUGCCUAAUUUGCAUGUGUUCCACUGAUUAAGAAACAUAUAUAUCGAGCUGAAAGUUAAUCGAAGCGAAGUUUAAAACCUAGACCAUGGGACUGUUGUAUUGCCCUCCGAAACCUUCACAGCAUUUUUCAUGACCUGCACAUUUUUCCAACUGUGAUCUUGUUCUUUAACUUUUUUUUUGUCAGUUUUAACAGUGUCUGUGUUUUUGUAUGCAUGUGUGUUGCUAGGUUCUUUUUUUUUAUCUCUCAAAACCGAGUAAGAAAGAGAAAACAGGUUUGAAAAAGGUUUUUCCUUGUAUCACGUUGGGUUUGUCUCCACCAACCCAUUGCAAUGCUAGUCAUCCAAAAAACAGGACAUGGCUGGGACAUGGAAAACUGGUGCGAAAGAAGUGUCAUCUUUGUUUAACGAAUGAUGACAGUGUUAGUAAACAACAAGAGAAAAAUACUGCCUCUGAUUUAUGUGCUGUAUUUCUCGUAGACCAUCCUUGUUUUAAUGUUUUUCUACUUUGUGUUCUUUUCAUAUUUUUUUUAACAGAAAAGAAAGAAAUCUCUCUCAUGACACGUUUCUUUGUUGCGAUCAGGUUUCUCGAGCCUACAGGCUGAAAAAAAAAAUGAAAAAAGGAAAACACGAAAAAAGGAACAGUUGAAAAGUGACAUGUUUGAAAACUGUGUACUAGACUUCAAAAAAAAAAAUCCAUAGUGUUGUGAUAUGUAAACUCAAUAUCCUAAUAAAGGUCACAAAUGCAGUCCACA